AUGCCCAAUGCCGGAGGACUCACCGACCGCGAAGCAGCGAUCGAUGCUUUGAUCCGGUUUGUGUGCGCACUGGACGAGGGCGAUGCAGAGCUGUCCGCAUCAUCACUGACAGAGGACGCCGUCAUGGACCUCACGCCCUUCAGCAAAGCCGGAAUGAAUUAUGACAUGAUAAACGGCCGAGAUAAUGUCGUCAAGAGACUGAUGGACGCGGUUGGCAAGCCCCUUGACACGACGCAUUGCGCCACGAACAUCCGAUGUACCGUCACCGGCGACACCGCAGAGCUCACGAGCUGUGUCAUGGCGCAGCAUUUCCGCGGUGGUCAGGGCCCAAGCCCGGAGUUUCAGGAUUACUAUCUCUUUGGCAACCAGUACAAGGCCAGCAUUAUCAGGGACGGGGAGCUAUGGAGAAUGAAGCGGUUCUCUAUCACGCCUGCUUGGGUUCAGGGAAAUCCUGCUGUUAUGAAGGUUGCUCCAGUCGCAGAAAACUGA